AUGACAAAUCUCGACGUCAGCAAUAGUAGCACCGAAAGUAGCUCAGGAUCUUCCUCCGAUUCAAGCAGCAGUGGGAGCUCUUCCACCAGUUCGGGGUCCGGCUCAAGUAGUUCGGACUCUGAGUCUUCGACGUCUGAUACUCCAGCGGCGACUGCCUCCACUGCCCCACCUAAAUCACCUGCAAAGGCAACCGAAGAACUGAAAAAGAAAGAAGAACAGAAGCCUAGAAGAUCAUCUAAAACAAAGACUACAUCUUCAAGCGAGGAAGACCCGCCUAAACCGGCGAGUCCUAAACCCGCUCCACCUAGGAGAAGGGGGUCAGCUAAACCAAAAUCAGCUGCAACAGUCCUCGCUAAAGGUAAACCUGCACCCCGAACAUCCACUGGCGCCAAAGCGAAAGCUAUUUCGAAAACAAUACCUAAAACACAACCUAAAUCUGACUCUAAUACAUUAAAAAAGAAAAGCAUAUUCUCACCUGACAAUAGUUCGGAAUCGGAAUCUGAAAGCAAAGACAGUAAAUCGUCCAAAACAAGUCCGAAAGAUUCUCCUAGUACCAAGAAGGUCACUAGAAAAGCAAGCAAUGAAAAAGAAACUCCACCUUCACCAGCACGUCCUGCUGAGACAGAUGUUACCACAAAAGAAAAUACUAAAAGGAGAAGCAGUAGGAAUAGUGGUCCACCAGCUAAAAAAGCGGUGGAAGAUAAAAGUGCUUCAUCAUGUUCAUCAAGUCAGUCUUCUGUAGAAUCUGUUUCUUCAGAAAGUGACAGUGAACCGUCUUCAAAGAAAGAAACCUUAAAGACUGGAAAAACGAAGCCUGCAUCUGUUACAAACAAGAAGGAAACAACUUCAAAGAGUGGGGACUCUGGCGAGUCAGCAGUGGGCACUAUGCCAAGGAAAUUGACCAGGUCAUUCUCAGCUCGAGCUAACAGAUUGAACAACACUUCUAGACCGGCACAGACCGACACUGACUCAGAGGCUGAUGACAAGAGCAAUGACAAAAAUAAGGAGACUAAGAAGAAUUCGAAGGGGCGACCGCCUGUGGCUCGUUCUCCUAUAGUGGCAGAUACAGCGCCACCUAUGCCAUCUGAAAGACGGUGCCCUGUUAGAGGCUGUGAUUCCACUGGACAUUUGGGUGGGAAAGCGAGCCGUCACUUCACGUGGGACGCGUGCCCGGUGUACCACAACGUGACGCCGGCCUGGUGCGUGGCGGCGGCGGAGGAGCGCAGCGCGGCGGCGGCGGCGCGCCGGCGAGCGCUGCACGCGCUGCAGCAGCGCCCGCGCGCCAUGCCCACCAUCGAGCAGCGCGCCUACCAGCUCAAGGUCAAGGAUAUGCGUUCGAAAUGGAAAGGCAGCCAAGAGCUACGUGAGAAGUUGGCUGCAUCGAGCGAAGAAGUCAGCGAUGAAAGGGAGCCCGUACUGGAGGGCUUCGCUCCCGAUUACGACUUGAGGCUGUUUAGGGAGGCUCAAGCAUUGGCCGCCAUCAAAAUAGAGGAAGAGUUGGGAGACCUCCCUUCAGAUAAAGGAACCAGAUACGUGGUAAUGGGGAAGUACAUGAUGGAGGUGUGGUACCAGUCGCCGUACCCCGGGGACGCGGCGCGCGUGCCGCGGCUGUUCGUGUGCGAGUUCUGCCUCAACCACCACAAGUGCGCCGCGGGCGCCGCGCGACACCGCACCAAGUGCGUCUGGCGCCACCCGCCCGGCGACGAGGUGUACCGCAAAGAUAACCUGAGCGUGUGGCAAGUAGACGGCCGGAAGCACAAGCAGUAUUGCCAGCAGCUGUGCCUCCUUGCCAAGUUCUUCCUCGACCACAAAACACUCUACUACGAUGUGGAACCCUUCCUCUUCUACGUAAUGACCUGCGCCGACGACGAAGGUUGUCAUAUUGUUGGCUACUUCAGCAAGGAGAAGAAUUCGUUCCUGAACUACAACGUCUCCUGCAUUCUGACUCUACCUCCUUAUCAGCGGCAGGGGUACGGAAGGCUGCUUAUCGACUUCAGUUAUCUACUAACAAAAGUAGAGGGCAAAGUUGGCUCCCCUGAGACACCCCUAUCAGAUCUAGGCCUAAUAUCAUAUCGGUCGUAUUGGAAAGAAGCAUUAUUAAAAAGGCUGUGCACGGCCACUGGACCUACGCUUUGCAUCAGAGAUCUCAGCAAGGACUUGGCGAUCGCGUCGUCAGACAUCGUGUCUACACUGCAGGAGCGAGGGCUGAUGAAAUAUUGGAAGGGAAAACAUAUAGUUUUGAAAAAACAGGAGGUGCUGGAGGAGGUGACUCGUCGAGCGGAACGCGCUCGGUGCGUGGACGCGGCGUGCCUUCGCUGGUGGGCGGGCGCUACGCCACGCUGA